GGUGUGUGGGUCCGCCCACUUAAUGACGUGUCGGCGUUUAUUUGAAGGGAGUAACUCGUGAUUGGCUGAAUCACGUAUCCAUUUGAAAUAUACAAAGCUCAACCAGGAACUACAGAGAGGAUUCUUCCCGUCUUUUAAUUGGUGAAUGAAGGAUGGGGAAAAAGGAUGCAAGUUCUGUCAAGUUGCCGGUCGAUCAGUACCGUAAACAGAUCGGAAAACAGGAUUACAAGAAAACCAAGCCGGCGCUGCGAGCCACUCGGCUGAAGGCGGAGGCGAAGAGGAGUGCUCCGGGAAUCAGGGACAUCAUACUGGUCAUUGUGGCUGUUCUGGUCUUCCUGCUAGGAGUCUAUGCAUUCUUCUACCUCAAUCUGAGCACCGAGCUGGAUCUGGAUGUGGACAUGGACUGAAGGACUUUUGCCAUCUGGACACAUGAGCCAUUCAUGAAGUGCCAGCAGUUUCAUAGUGUUACACAUUUCCCAUAAUUGUCCCCUUCUAUGCCUUUUAAACCAGCAGAAACUGCGUGAAAGGAAUGAAGAUGAGUCUUAAAGCGCAUAAAAGCAUGAAGUUAAAAUCUAAAAAUUAAAAUCUAAAUUUUUUUUUUGACCAAAGAGCACCAGAGGGUUAAACAUGUUUAUCUUACUAUUGGGUAAUGGCACAGACGGAUUGAUUUUUUUUAAUCAAAUUGGUUGGAUUUACCUACUCAUGUAAAUUUAUUAUGUAAUGUCUUAUGUUUCUCCUAUCCUGUGGAGGAUAUAUAUAUAUAUAUAUUUCAGGGUUUCCCCCCCUAAUAUCAAUCACAAACAAUAAGGUAUUUUGCAUGCAUUCCAUACUACAAACAUCUUCUUACAGAUCUAGACAUCUUAAUGCUGGAGAUCAGAGGCAAUCUGUGAUCUUGUUUGUGUGUGUAAUGCUGGCAUUCUCUGUCUCAUCACACAGCUCGUUAGCAUAUCAAACAUCACAAACUUUGGUUAUUGAAAGCCGAAAGAGCAUCAGUGAAGAAACCAAACAUUAUCAUACAGACCUUGAUGUGCUCUCUGCUUUUAUACGCGUGUGUGUGUGUGACCUCUAGAGACAUGGAUAGUACAGAACUCGAAGCAUUAUCAAUCAGCGAGGUGCUGUUACUUUUAGCUAGUGUGCAUCUUUUGAUGUAUCUCAGAAGAUAAAACGCAUGGCCCUGCCUUGGUCUCUGACAUCCAGUGCUUCCUUUACACACUGCUGGGCCUGUGUGUGUGUGCGUGCGCGUUCGUGGGAGAAAAGAGAGAGUCGUAGGGUGGAAAAUGAAAGGCUGGAGCUGAUGACAUUCAAAGUUCAUUUACAUUCUCUUUGUAUAGCACAUUGGAUCUCGUACAAACGCACAGCAACGACUUAUUUCAUUCCAGGCCGUGAGAGUUGUUUUAUCUUUCCCUGCAUGAGGUGUAUGUCUCUAACUCAGGACAACUGCUUUGCUGCUCAACCCUUAUUUUCCUGGGACGUCUGACUGUUAUCAUUAAUUCAAGGAUUGAUACCCUAUUGAACAAAACAUUUUUGUAGUCUGUCUUUGAUUUAGCCUCGAGAGCUUUCCAAAUUCUUUCAAAGUGAGACUGAACUAAACCAAAACAAAGAGUCUCGUGUUUCUUGUUGACUGUUUUGCUUGUUUUUCUUCUCUUGUUUCUAUCAUACUUGAGAUAAAAUAAUAAACAUUGUCAAACCACGUUGAUACUGA